GUUAAAUUUACAGAAGGUAAAUGAAUUGAUGACGCAACAUUUGCAACCUACCCCAUCAAUUUUGGCGGUAAGAUAUCGUUUUAGACAACGGCGACAAAGCGCUAACGAAAGCAUGUCUGCCUAUGUUGCGGAGCUGAGAAGUUUGUCUAAACAUUGCAAGUUUGGAGACACAUUGAACGAUAAUUUACGCGAUCAAUUCAUUUGCGGGCUAUACAGCGACAUCAUACGACAGCGGCUGUUUGCGGAAACCGAUGCGGUAACAUUUUCUGAGGCGGUCAAACUUGCAACAUCAUUGGAAGCGGCGGAACGAGACGCGGCGAUAGUCGAGGAGGCGGGAUCAUCGACAAAGGCUAUGCAUGCUAUUACGUCAUCAUACGCGCGCCAGCGGCCGGGCGGGCACGACGGCGGCGCAGGAGCACGCUCAGGCGUAAAAACACCGUAUCGGAAUAAUAACACUGAACGAAAACCUACGCAGAAUAACUAUAACUGCAGCGCUUGCGGAGGACGUAAUCACAACUAUGCGGACUGUCGGUUCCGGGAGUAUGUGUGCAGCAAGUGUCAUCGUCCCGGACAUCUGCGGCGAGUGUGUCCAGGAUGGAAUGCAUCGGAGGCGUCGCAGGGCGCAGGCCGGCGGCAAGGCCUGGCGCCGGCGGGGACGGCGCAGGCCCGUAGUGGCUUGUACUUUGGGGAGGCCGAUCGCGGAACUAGCGAGGAGUGCGGCGGAGACCUCGAAGAAGAACUACACCAUUUAUGCUUGAAUGACUACAAAUCAGUUUAAGGAGCUAUUCGACGGCGGGCUGGGGCGGUACACGGGCGGGCUCGCGACGCUGCGGGUGCGGGCGGGCGCGGCGCCGGUGUUCCACCGCGCGCGGCCGCUGCCGUACGCGCUGCGCGAGCGCGUGGACGCCGAGCUGGACGCCAUGCUGCGCGCCGGCGUCAUCGAGCCCGUGGACUGCUCCGACUGGGCCUCGCCGCUUGUGCCGAUUAACAAACCGGACGGUACGCUUAGGAUUUGCGCUGAUUAUAAAUCUACUUUGAACCCGUCUUUAUUGGUCGAUCGUUACCCACUUCCUAAAAUAGAGGAUGUAUUAGUAAAUUUAAAUGGGAAUUUAUAUUUUAGUAAAAUCGAUCUUUCACAAGCGUACAAUCAAAUCGAGUUGGAUGAUUCUAAGAAAUAUACUGUUAUAAAUACACACCGGGGUCUAUUUCGCUAUAAUAGGUUAGUAUAUGGCUUAGCAUCGAGUGUAGGUAUAUUUCAGCGGAUUAUGACUAAUUUAUUGUGCGAUAUACCUAAUGUGCAAGUGUUCCUGGAUGAUAUUAUUGUGGGUGGGAGAUCCAGGGCUGCCCAUUUACUGGCUUUAGAAUCAAUUUUUCAACGGUUAAAAUCAUAUGGGUUAAAGUUAAAGAAAAGUAAAUGUGUUUUUUUUGCUAAGGAAGUCACUUAUUUAGGUUAUGUGGUGUCUAAGGAGGGGACUCGUCCAGAUGCAUCUAAAAUAGAAGGAAUUGUUAAAAUGGAACAACCUCAAAAUGUUCCCGAACUGAGGUCAUUUUUGGGAACCGUAAACUUUUUCGGGAGAUUUGUAAAAAACUUAAGCCCCAUGUUGUCUCCUUUAUACACUUUAUUACGCAAGGGUGUAGAAUGGAACUGGGAUUCGGAAUGUGAACUAGCAUUUAAUAGUGUGAAACAACAGCUGUCCGGUGCAAGUGUCCUAGCUCAUUACGACCCCGACAAGCCGUUGAUAGCGACAUGCGACGCGAGCGCGCGCGGGCUGGGCGCCGUGCUGACGCAGCCCGGGCCGCGCGGCGAGCGCCCCGUCGCGUUCGCCUCGCGCUCGUUGAAUAAUGCGGAAAGGAAUUAUUCGCAAAUACACAGGGAAGCGCUCGCCAUCAUUUUUUGUAUUAAAAAGUUCCAUCAGGACGGCUGGCCCGACCAGUGUGACAUCGAUGGGUUAAAACCGUAUUUUAAUAGGAAAACAGAGUUAUAUGAGGAGCUAGGUUGCUUAAUGUGGGGGUAUCGAGUGGUCAUACCCGAAGCGUGCCGGGAUAAGGUGUUAGAAAUAAUACAUGAGCCACACAUGGGUAUCGUCAAGUCGAAGGCUCUGGCUCGCUCAUACGUGUGGUGGGCCGGCAUCGACGAGGCCGUGGAGGGGGCCUGCCGCGCGUGCAGCGCGUGCGCCGCCACCGCCGCCGCGCCGCCGCAGCACGCGCCGCGCCCGUGGCCGUGGCCGCGCCGGCCGUGGUCUCGCAUUCACCUAGACUUUAUGGGGCCUAUACUGGGAAAAACUUACUUGGUGGUCAUAGAUGCGAUGUCCAAAUGGAUCGAAGUGUUCCAAGUUCCCAGCACUUCAGCUAGUUCCACAAUAGAUAGGUCUAGAAAAUCGUUAGCGUUCCCGAUUGAAAAUAAAACAGAGAGCUCAGAUGCUAAUACAACAAUAAGUUCCCCAACAAAAUCAAACACUCAGUCGAAGCAGUCUGUGGAAUCGAACAUAGCGCCCGCGCACACUCAGCCAGAGUCGCCGGCGCUAGCGCGCAGCGUGGAAGAAGGGGAGGCAGGGGCAAAGUCGGGGGACGACGACUGUUUUGCUACUCCGGAAAAAGUGUUCGAUUCACCUAAUGUACAGCCAGUAGUCCCCGCUGAACCGCCCCAGUCACGCCCGAUAAGGAAGUGUAGGUUAGAUAAGGUGCCUAGAUAUAAGUUUUAG